GCUAGCUAGCCAGUGCAUGGUCAUAUCCAUCUUCUAUCUAUAAGGAGUGUGAGCUGCACCCCCCUAGGGGUUCAUCGAUCAUACUCAGAUAUAGAAGCUCCGAGGUGACCAACAAUGUCACGCAGGAAAGCAGCAGCAGCAGCAGGUGGGCUCAUGUCGGCCAUGGAGGAGGAGACAGCUGAUCAAGAGCUCAGGCGAGGCCCCUGGACCCUCGAGGAGGACAACCUCCUCAUGAGCUACAUUACUUGCCACGGCGAGGGCCGCUGGAACCUCCUCGCCCGAUGCUCCGGGCUUAAGAGGACGGGGAAGAGCUGCCGGCUCCGGUGGCUGAACUACCUGAAGCCGGACAUCAGGAGGGGGAACCUGACGGCGGAGGAGCAGCUGGUCAUCCUGGAGCUCCACGCCAAGUGGGGGAACCGGUGGUCGCGCAUCGCACAGCACCUCCCGGGGCGGACGGACAACGAGAUCAAGAACUACUGGAGGACCAGGGUGCAGAAGCAGGCGCGGCAGCUCAAGGUGGACGCCAACUCCGCCGUCUUUCGCGACGCCGUCCGGUCCUACUGGAUGCCACGCCUCCUCCACGACAUGGCCUCCGCCGCGUCCAUGGCUGCUCCGCCUCCGCUGGUGGCGGAGCAGCAUGGCGGCGCGUCCUGCUCGCAGUCGCCGGUGGCGAUAAUUGGCACCGAGCAGAUGUGCUGCUAUGCCGGCGGCGGCGUCCAGCCCAGCCCGAGCGUCUCGACGUCAGGAUCAACCGCGAUGCUGCCGACGCCGGUGCCCUGCUUCUCCGAGCUCAACUGGGACGAGCCGUACUACUACCCCGAGAUCGAAGGUGGCGCCGACGCCUUGGACUCUGCGGGGUUGCUCGGAAGCCUCGGCCUCGACGGGCUCGACCUAGGGCCCGCGGCAGAGUACUACUCUGACGCGACGCUCCUCGACUACCUCAACUCGAGCUGCACCGCCUCCGCCAUGAACACUAUCGUGAACGCCGGCAGCGGAAACUACUAUAACCACUGUGGAGGCGGCGGCAUGAUCGACGGUGAUCACGCCGGCUCCACAACGACGUCAUGCGAACAGGCGCCGGCGAUGAAGCUAACGGGCGAGUGGGGAGGAGGAAGAAUCUAG